AUGGUCAUCAUUGACAAGUCCGGAGUUCAUCGCCUCCGGGUUCGAUGCUGCAAUUGUCCAAAUGCCAUGAGUCCAGACCUUCAAAUGUUUCAACGUGGAUUUUUCCCCACUUCAUUUAACAAGCCAAAGACUUUAUUCACCUUCAGGGUUCUCGAUGAUUUUCUAUUGGACAACCUUGAAUGUGGGACCUCGGCGAUGAACUAUUACAGCAAGCUCCGGCGAAUGACCUUGAGGAUGUUUCCACACCUUGUACCGGUAAUGCCAUAUCUCUCUCAUCUAAAGGACAUUAUAUUGACAAGGCAUGGGGCAAGGGACCGAUACCGAGAGCUCAUGAGAGUCGCCCAACAGUGGAGGCAGUUGAAGACGAUGAAAUGGCAUGGCUUCGGCCAUUGUUCCGACAGCCCAAAUGCAGGAGAUCUCCGCAUUAUUUUGCCCGGCAUGUCCUCAGCCUGGGAUUAA